AUGCUAAAAGUUUAUGUUAUUUCGGCAAAGAAUCUUCCAGCAGCCGACUCGAAUGGCAAAUCAGAUCCAUACGUCGUAAUACAUUCAGUUGAUGGUAAUAAAUUUAAAUUUGGACAAACUACAGUUCAAAAAUUAACAUGCGAUCCAAAUUGGGAUCCUCUACUUAAAAAUCCGUUCUUGUGCCCAUUUGUACGCGCUAGAUCGUUUUUGUUUGAAAUAUACGACAAAGAUACAAUAUCAAAAGAUGAUUACUUAGGUAUGGCACAGUUUGACAUGGAAAUCCAUCCUAUUGGUCAACCAGUUACUCUUGAUGUUGAAAACGUUCAACUUCCUACCCCAAGACCACCAAAAAUUGUUGUUCAAGUUGAUAGUCCAACAUCCUUCUAUCCAGAAGGCGAAAUCUCUAAAAAUAUACACCAUCUUGCUAUCACACUUACUUAUGAUCCUCCGAUUUCCUUUACAUCACGUUAUCAUCCACCAGAGCUUUCAAUGCUCGCAAUCCACAACGAUUCAAAGAUGAUGGAACGAAUAUACGGAGGCAUGACACCGCCUCAUGGCAUUCUCUUGGAUGCUAUGCCACAACAUGUCGGUCCAACAGGCUGGACUCAAGUUAUCAGAGUCAAUAUCAAGAAGGCAAAAGGAUUGACACUUAUUCCUCUCGUAACAAGUAAAAUUAACAAGAGAACAAUUACUGUCAACUACUGUGGUUUCCAAAAAGAGCCUAAAAAAGACAAUGUCAGAUUAUGUGACAGCAAAGCUACAAAUACCGGAGUUUUGCUCUACAAAUCUUCUGUUAAUGCAAAUAAUGAAGAGCUCCUGACACUCGGCAGCCUUGUAGAGUUCACAGAAAAAGGAUUUGAAUUCAAAAAGUUCGAAGGCCAACCGAUUUCGGAAUCCGACUACAUUUCAUUUGUCAAGAAUGUCGGUAUCGAUCCAAGUACAUACGCAAUGAGAUUCAAUAUUUCACUCGGAGAAACUUAUUCUUUAUUAGAUGCAGCGAAAUUACAUAGUAUCGAAUUCCCUAAGCAGAUUAAAUUCGGCCUUGGCUGGAGCGGCUCAAAGGAUCUCGAUUCAUAUGGUUUUAUCGUUAGCAAAGACUAUAAAGUUAUUGGAUACGUUUCUGGAGCUUCGAAAUCGAAGUUUAGUUACAUCAAGCAUAUGGGCGAUGCAGCAUCAGGCUCAGAAGAUAAGGAUGCAGAGUCAAUUGUUGUUAAUUUAACCGAAGUUCCAGAUGAAGUUGGCACAAUUGCAAUUUUCGCAACUUACGAGAAUGGAACAUUCUUACAAGUACAGAACAUUUACAUGAGAGUAUGCACAACCAUCGAUAAGAAGGAGAAAGAACUAAUGUACCUUCCAGUCGUUGCAAAACGCCGCCAGAACUCUUUACUGUUCGGAAUCCUUUACAGAACUCCUAAAGGAUCCUGGGAUUUGUUCCCUGCUGCAAAACUCUUUGAAGGAAAAGAUUCUCAUGAUAUUGGAGAGUAUUGCAACGAAUUCUUCGAAAUUUCCGGCAUUGUUGAAGAUGUUAUUAAUGCAGAACAACCAUCUAAGUAA